AUGCAGUUCUCAAUAUUCACAAUACUCAUUUUUUACCAAACGGUCACGCUUUCAAUACCACAAUUCACCGAACAAUACCAAGGAUCAUCUAGUCGACUGACACGACAUUUACUCGAAAAACAUAACAAAUGCUCUCCUCCAGAUGGAAGAGUUGACAUUUCUCAUAACAUCGAAUUGGUGCACAUUAUUGGAAUUAACGAGUUGAAUCAAAAUAUGCAAGUUCUUGUGUACAUUAUUCAGGUAAAUUUUGUGAUGAGACUUGAACACAAAAUGCUCCUCGACGCAGUUCGAUCCCCGAUCAAAGUUUCAUACAUCGGAGAAGUCACCUACGCCUAUCCAGCAAUUUACACUGUCCUCUGUCAGAUUGGAAUCGCCAAUUUCCCGUUUGACGAUCAAGUGUGCAAAAUUCGAUUCGCUUCAUGGGCCUAUGAUGAGGAUAAGAUAUUGCUCAACGCGUCACACAAACCGCUUCUCAAGAAUUAUGCUCCAAAUGAGGAAUGGGCUCUUCAGGAUGUCAACAUGGCACGGAAGGAAUACGAACAUGAGGAAACCGUUGUCAGUGAGAUAAUUUAUUACAUCAAAGUGGCCAGAAAACCGUUCUACUACUUGAUCAGCUUGGUGGUCCCAAGUUAUAUCAUUUGUGUACUUUCGAUAGCUGGACUUUUCGCAAGGUUUUCCACGAAACAUGAGAGACAGGAACGCUUCACACUUGGAGUCACUGCAAUUCUCAGUAUGGCAGUAUUGUCUUUGGUGGUCACGGAAAAGGUUCCGCAUAGUUCGGAGAGUGUGCCCUUAUUAAUUGUCUACAUGCACUUCAUUAUUAUCAUGGUAACCAUCGCCACGAUUCUGACAUCAACUGUGAUGAGGGUCCAUGCAAAGGGCUUCCGUACACAUUUUCUAAGUCCACCCAACUGGAUUAGGAAGGGAUUGUUCAUUGCUCGAAAGCAUGCGGCUUUCUUUCAGCAGAAUGUGUCGCGAAGAAUGGAUUAUCUGCUCGCUUCCGUCUUCAUCAUCAUCAUCAGCACACCGACGCUCUACUUGUUCUAUAUGUGCUUCCAAAUGGAUCACGCCGCCGCUGAGCGAAUUUUGCUAGAAAAUGCGAAACGGAGAGAUCAGUUGUAUUACUGA